CUCCGCUAAGCGCAAGAAGUAUGAAAAUCCUGAAGUCUGCAUAGUCAAAAAAAAGGUCUCAGUCUUGAGGAGAAGAGGACUCGCAUGAUGGAGAUUUUCUUCGAGACAGUUGCAGUUGUAAAUGAAAACUUGUUCUCAACUGGCCUACCUGUUUAAAUAAAGAAAGAAGUGUUUCAGCUGAAGGACAUAGAGAAAAUCGCCCCCAUGACUAAAGGAAUAACACCCAUGUCAGUGAAGGAGGUUCUCCAGAGUCUGGUGGAUGACAACAUGGUGGACUGUGACAGUGGGCACCUCAAACUACUACUUCACCAGCAAGGCCCUGCACGCCCGCAAGCGCAGGUUGGAGGAGCUGGACAAGCAGGAGGAGCGGGCCACUCUUUUAAAGGAACUGCAGGCUCUGAGGGAGAAGAGGAGUCAUCUGAAGGCAAAGCUGGAGAAGUACAGGGAGUGUGACCCAGAAGUGAUCGAGGAGAUGAGAAAGUCCAAUGUCACAGCUAAAGAGGCAGUGUCCAGAUGGACAGUCGUGGGCCAAGAGGAAGUUUGGUUUCUAUGACGGACGCAUCGAUAAAGCCUUCGGGAUACCUCAAGACUUACAUGGACUGACUGCAUGAUCUGUAAUUUCUAUUAAUUGUUUUUGUUAAUUGAGUGACAGCCAUUGCACACAUUGCAACGCAAGUCAGACAUGUUACUUAAAUCCACUCAGGCAAGCCCCUCAAAAAAACAGCCUUGUGCUUUUUGUAUUUGACUUGGAGCAGCUGCCAUUUUGACGCUCGCUCAUGGCCCUCGCAGGUGCAAAUGCUGCUUCUGUGGCACUUGAGAAGGCGCUGUGCUAACCUUUUGGCUGUUCCGUCCGUGGUUGGGGUCUGGGAUCAAGAGCCCAGAGUCUUUGACGGAAAUUUGUUUUGUCCAGUACCCCCCCCCCCCACCACACACAGAAAAAGAAGCGGCACAUCGAACUCCCAUCGAUGUUAAACAUCUGAUCUUACCUGAUUUAAACAGAUGGAAAUGAAAACAGCCACUCAUGAUGUUUUUGCUCUCCCCCAUCUCUCUUUUUGUAAUUUACUUUGACAAAAUAAGCGUCUGCCACUGUGGCACCAGGACUGACUGGAUUUUCCUUAUCUCUUGUUUAAAUCAAGAGGGAGAGGGUCAUUGUGGACAUAACGUGCUUGGUGAUUGACAAUGCAGUGGAGAGCAAGGAGCACCGAAACACAAAUAGGAGUGCCACUGAAAUAUUGUUGAGGAGGCUUUACAGUGGGGAUAUGUUUAGAAUUCACCAUUUAGAAGAGCCAUAAAUUAUAACUCCCUGUAAAUGUGCUUUAUAGUUUUGUGGCUCUGUAGACUCGAGAGAGGAUUUCAGGUUUUGUUGUUGAAAACAUGAUGGAUGAUUUGUUUGAAUGGAGAGGUGAAUGACCGGUAACAUUUCAAAGUCUUUGUGUUAUAUUUUCAUAACUGUUGUCUUUCCACAGGCCUACAUGUACCUUAAUUGAUUUCAUAUGCCUUGAAUUUCCAAGCAACAGGGUGAAUGCAUCACCUUUCAUUUUCUGUCAACUGGAAUGUGGCGAAAACCUCUCAAACAUAAAGGGCAGCACUUUUCUAUUGUACUCCGGGAUUUAUUCCAACGUGUUAAGAGCAGAAGGGGUAUUGUAGUUGUGAUCGGUUCAGAAUUAUUUUUGUGCUUUUGCUGACUUGAAGUUUUGACUGUUUUUGUCAAACUGCACAAACAAUGGGUAGAAUUGCUGUGCUCAUGGCGUUGACUCCAGAUGCCAUUAUACUAUUAGGGUUGAAAUGUCAACCCAUUUGUUCCAAAUUAAAGUAUCCACACAGAUCCUACCCACCUCUUCACGUUGUUCAAACUGUACAUGGGAUUGUCACUGCAAUUAUUUACUGCUGUAACCUUGUGCAUGUUCUUCAAUGUUCAAUGUAUUCCUAAUUCCAUGCUCCCUUUACAGCAGAUUCAGCAUUAUUGUACAUAGGGAAAAGGGGCCAUCUAGUCAGUUGUAAAACUGAAUGCAUUCUUCUGAAAACUGUCUUCCGCAUUUAACCAAAUACCUCUGAAUCAGAGGCGUGUAGGGGGUGGCUUUAUUGACAUCCAUGUAAUCAGUGCCUGGGGAGCAGAUGUUGUGGGAGGUUAAUUGCCGUGCUCAAGGGCAGAAUGGUAGAUUGUUACCAUGGCGGCUCUUAAGAUUUGGUCCAGCAACCUUUCGAUUACCAGCCAGGCUCCUGCCGCCCAGUAGGACCUGCUGCUACAAAUAUACUAAUACUUUAAUGAACAAAAAUAUAAACGCAACAUGUAAAGUGUUACUUACAUGAGCUGAAAUAAAAUAUCCCAAAAAUGUUCCAUACAAAUAAAAAGCGUAU